CGCUUGUGUGUGUGUGAGGAUGACUCGAGUCUUUGUUUCCAACAGAGAAUCGACUCUUUUUUACGAUUCGACUCCUUAGCGCGCCUCCCUCCUCUAAAUAAACCCGUGGUCAGACGGAGAGGUUAGCUGUAAAUUGUGUGCUGGAAACAGUUAUUUUAAAUAUGCUGUAUGAACACACUUCAGGACCAUGUCUGUGAGCCUGCUUCCAUUAAAACACUGAGAAUUAAACGGACGAGUGUUUAGUAUUUUUGCUCCUCUGUGUCCUUCUUCCCCCGGCGAGCUUUGCUGAGUGCGGCCAUUUUGAACCUGCUGUCAGUGAGCUUAGUUAGCCUGCUACAGAAACGGGGUGCAUGAGGACGGUCUGAGUAGACACAUAUCUAAUCAGCUGGAUGACAAUGAGGCCAUUGUUGACACUGCUCAGAACCGCAGUCUCUGUGGGCUCGAGUCGAGCUGUGUGCUCAGAGGCUGGAAACAAAUGGAUCAAACCUGCAGGUUAUGAUACUGGAAUAAAGACCUACAACAGCCUCUCCAGACAAAAGGAGCCCCUGGUUUUGGCUAAAGAGGGAGUGGCAACCUGGUACAGUUGUGGACCCACAGUGUAUGACCAUGCCCAUCUCGGCCAUGCAUGCUCUUAUGUCAGAUUUGACAUUCUGCAAAGGAUUUUGACCAGGGUUUUUGGAAUCAACAUCACCCAUGUCAUGGUCAUCACUGACAUUGAUGAUAAGAUCAUACAGAGAGGCCUUGAGGAGAACAUCUCACCACUUGUGCUUGCCAGAAUGUAUGAGGAGGAGUUUAAGAAAGACAUGAUGGCUCUAAAGGUGCUUCCUCCAGCUGUGUACAUGAGAGUCACAGAGAACAUCCCUCAGAUUGUCGCUUUCGUAGAACGCAUCAUCUCUAAUGGUCAUGCUUACGCCACAGAUCAAGGGGAUGUCUACUUUGAUACUCAGUCUAUUGGCAGUCGUUAUGGCAAACUUGUAAACUUUGGCAACGCUGCUGAGGCUCCAGGUGUCAAGGAUAAAAGAGACCCACGUGACUUUGCCUUAUGGAAGGCCUCUAAGCCACAAGAGCCAUACUGGGAGUCUCCAUGGGGAAGGGGAAGACCUGGAUGGCACAUCGAAUGCUCCACCAUUGCCAGCUCUGUGUUUGGGAGCCAGUUGGAUAUUCACUCAGGAGGCAUAGACUUGGCCUUUCCUCACCAUGAGAAUGAAAUAGCUCAGUGUGAAGCAUACCACAAGUGUGACCAAUGGGGAAACUACUUUUUGCACUCAGGGCACCUUCAUUUGAAAGGAAGUUCAGAAAAGAUGUCUAAAUCUUUGAAGAAUUAUAUUACAAUAAAGGAUUUUUUACAGUCUUACACUGCAAACGAGUUUAGACUGUUUUGCCUGUUAACCAGGUACAGAUCAGGGAUUGACUACAGCAAUGCUAGUAUGAAUGAGGCUCGUUCCACACUGUCUACCAUCUCUACCUUUAUCCACAAUGCCCAGGCCUACAUGCAGGGUCACUUACAGUGCCAAACGUUACAGGAGGACCUUUUAUGGGAAAGGUUAUCCCUGACACAGGCCAGUGUCCGCACGGCGCUAGCAGAUGACUUUGACACGCCGAAAGCAGUGGAUACCAUUAUGAGCCUCAUUUACCAUGGCAACUGUCAGCUUCAGCCCGUCACCACGGCCGACGGAACUUCUCGGAGUCCAGCAGUCUUUGGAGCGAUGGUGUCUUACAUCAGAGAUAUCAUGGACAUUCUUGGAGUUGAUCUGUUGGACAGAAAGGAGUCCUAUGCUGAUAGCUCAUCUGGUGUUCUUCACAAUGUGGUGGAGCAGCUGGUGCAUUUCCGUAGUGAAGUGCGAAACUUUGCUCUUUCUGUGGAAGACAAAGUCCCUCAGGACCUUCAGAGCAGCGUCCAGCCCCAUAGGAAGAAGCCCCACGCGGACAGAGUGCCCUUACUGAAGGCCUGUGAUGCCCUGCGAAACAAUCUUGUGCCCUUGGGAGUUCAAAUUAAGGACAGAGGAACUAACUUCACAUGGGAGAUCACGCAGCAACAGAAGGAGACCAAAGACAAGAAAAGCUAGAUGACAGAAGUUUGGAGUAAAAUGAGACUGUGGUCAAGUAAUUGUUCAUGCUUCUAGGACAUCAAGAACCAAAUUUUGUUGUCAACUUUGGGACCAACUUUGCAUUGGCUGACUGAAAAAGCACUUUGUCUGUGACUCAUGGAGGGAUAAUGCAGUACAACAGUGCACUUAGCCACAGAGACACUCUGGAAUAUGCCAUUCGGGAUGAUGGUUGCUGUGGUUGCCAACGUUGAAUGUAACAUUAAACAUUCUGUAAAUCAAUAAUUUCAUGUCUGAUCUCCUGUAAAAAAAAAUUGCAGCACUUCUUAUGCACUCUAGCAAUAUUGAAUAAGAAUUGAUUUCCGCUCAUUGAAAUAGCCAGCUGUGAUGAAUACAUUGUGGACAUGUUGCACACACAAACACAAAAGGCAUUCUCCGUACACUGUGACUAAAGAACUGUAUCAGAAAAACUA